AAUGAAAUUGGAAAACUAUCUCAAACGACGAAGAAAGACGAAUCGAUGCAGACGAAUUUUUUGUCUCUGCAUAUUUGAGUGCAAAAAUUGAAUUAAAUGUUAUCGGUUUGAAAAAGUUUAUGACUUUAUAAAAUAGCGUAAUUUGCUUCAAUAUAAAUCCCUUUUUCGGAUUGUGUGGGAUCGGCUCCCACACAUCGUAGUCGCUAGUAAAUUCAAGUGCAAGUGCGUGCCGUUUUGGAAAUGUAUGAAAUUUAAAAAAGUGGUAUACAAAUAAGUUAAUGGAGUUUUGAAAAGGCAAACGAAAUAUGAAAUCGUCUGUUAAAAGAAGAGUUCGUCAAACAUACAAAUUAAGAAAAAAUUACCCAAUGCAUUGUUGUCUUUACUAAAUACUAAAGUCAGAAUCUUGGUACUUCCCAAAAAAACUUGAAGUAACAGAGUAGAAGUUGGGUGCAGACAAGUUGCACUUGCAUUCACGCAGGGCGUGUUUUUCCAGUAUAUGUGUCGCCGCCGAUAAUGGAAAACAGCGUUCCCAAUACAAAUAUUACAGUAUAGUGAAAACAAACAAAAAUACAUAUGUUCAAAGUUAAAAAUUUCUAAUCAAGAGUGCUUAUCUUUAAAAAAUAAAAAUAAAUACUUGCGCCGAUAAACGAGGAGUUGCGCAAAGUAGAGAAAAAAUAUUAAUUGCAACUUCCCUUUUGUAGGUAUUUUAUGUCUACUACAAAAGAGCGAAGCAACGUAGGAAAGGUAAAAUACAAAAAGCAUAUAGAGUAGUGGAAAGUGAGUGUGUAAUCGAAAUGUAUAAGAAAUCCUUAUUUUAAAGGGUUUAUUGUAUAAUAAAAUAAAAAUGAUAUAUAUUAUAUAAAAGUACAUAACGACCGAUCUAUAAGACGGAAGUAUAAUACGUGCAGAGGAAAUAUUUGAUGCACUUCCGUGUGCGGUCAGUACGCUAUAAACCGGACGAAUACCCUCUCAAUUCGGGCUCGGAAAUUACUUCCAUUUGGUUUAGUGAACACGCCCACAAAAUCGUGUAAAACCUUAAGUUACAAUUAAUUCAUUCAUUGAUAACAAAAUUAAAAAAAAAAAAACUUAAGAGUUUGAUUACUUACAAAUCAAAUUCAGAUUCAAGCUUAAAGCGACAAAAUCUGACUAUUUUUCUCUGAAUAUAGUAACGGAAAAGCCACUAUGGGCGCACAACAGGGUAAGGAGCGUAGUUCACAUUCAAGUGGCGGUGGCCAUGGCGGCACCGCCAGUUGUAUUGGUGUGCCAAGUAGCGGCAGCCCAGUCGGCUUGUCGUCGUCUCAUGGCAUUAGUGUUGGUAGCGUAAAUGCACUUGCAGCUGGUUCCACAUUGCGUGGCUCGCGCAUCAAAUCCUCCGUAACACCAGCUGUGGUGGGCGGUAGUUCGCAUCGUUCAACAAACGCUUCGGGUAGUAACAUUGGACAUACAUCGAAGGACAAUCACAGUCGUUGCAAUGCCAUCGGAAUGAAUAUUUUCACAGAACAUAAUGGUCCAAUGCAUAGAGUGCAACAACAACAGCUCCGUGAUGCGGCUAAAUAUCAAAUACAUUUAGAAGCACUGCGACAAUCUCGUCCGUUGCCACACAUUCCCGCGGGCACAACUAUGUUGCCCGAUGCAGAUUUACAAUGCCAAGAUGGCGGGUCACUGCACACACAAAGUCACAGUCAAGGCCACAGUUCAGCCACUUCCGGUUUCGAAUCGGCACAUCGUUGGACAUCCAAAGAAAAUUUGUUAGCACCCGGUCCGGAAGAAGAUGAUCCGCAAUUAUUUGUAGCACUAUAUGACUUUCAAGCGGGUGGCGAGAAUCAAUUGAGCCUGAAGAAGGGUGAACAGGUGCGCAUUUUGUCGUACAACAAGUCGGGCGAAUGGUGUGAAGCACACUCAGACUCGGGCAAUGUGGGUUGGGUGCCAUCGAACUAUGUAACGCCGCUGAAUUCGCUCGAGAAACACUCUUGGUAUCAUGGACCGAUAUCGCGUAAUGCUGCCGAAUAUUUGCUCAGUUCGGGCAUUAAUGGCAGUUUUUUGGUGCGCGAGAGUGAAAGUUCACCCGGACAAAGGAGUAUUAGCUUGAGAUAUGAAGGUCGUGUGUAUCAUUAUCGCAUCUCCGAGGAUCCGGAUGGUAAAGUUUUUGUCACAGCGGAAGCCAAAUUUAACACACUCGCCGAACUUGUGCAUCAUCAUAGUGUACAACACGAAGGGCAUGGGUUAAUAACGCCACUACUUUAUCCGGCGCCCAAGCAAAAUAAACCGACCGUUUUCCCACUCAGUCCCGAACCGGACGAGUGGGAAAUCUGUCGCACGGACAUUGUGAUGAAGCAUAAGUUGGGCGGCGGCCAGUACGGUGAAGUGUACGAGGCCGUUUGGAAGCGUUACGGCAAUACUGUGGCUGUGAAAACGCUCAAAGAGGAUACAAUGGCACUCAAGGACUUUCUCGAAGAAGCGGCAAUAAUGAAAGAGAUGAAACAUCCAAAUCUUGUGCAACUAAUUGGCGUUUGCACCCGUGAACCGCCCUUUUACAUCAUCACCGAAUUCAUGUCGCACGGCAAUCUUUUGGAUUUCUUGCGUUCACCUGCUCGUGAAACGCUCGACGCUGUGGCACUUCUCUACAUGGCAACGCAGAUAGCUUCCGGCAUGAGUUAUUUGGAAUCACGUAAUUACAUACAUCGUGAUUUGGCGGCACGUAAUUGUCUUGUGGGCGAUAAUAAACUUGUUAAAGUUGCCGAUUUCGGUUUGGCGCGCCUCAUGCGCGAUGAUACGUAUACAGCGCAUGCUGGUGCCAAAUUUCCCAUUAAAUGGACUGCGCCAGAAGGUUUGGCGUACAAUAAGUUCAGCACUAAGUCGGACGUUUGGGCAUUCGGCGUUUUGCUAUGGGAGAUCGCCACAUAUGGCGCUUCACCAUAUCCCAAUAUUGAUCUCACCGAUGUAUUUCAUAAGCUUGAGAAGGGCUAUCGCAUGGAGAGGCCGCCGGGUUGUCCACCGGAAGUUUACGAUUUGAUGCGUCAGUGUUGGCAUUGGAAUGCGGCGGAUCGGCCGACAUUCAAGAGUAUACAUCAUGCAUUGGAGCAUAUGUUUCAGGAAUCAUCAAUUACUGAGGCGGUCGCGAAACAAUUGAAUGCCACAACGAUGACACAGAGUCUUACGCCACAAAUGGGUAAAAAGGGUAUACCGGCGAAUGGUGGCGGCGGUGGCAGCAGCAGCGGCGGCGGCGGUGGUGGUGGCGGUGGCGGUUUGACACCGAGCGGCGGUCUACACGAGCAACCAGCAGGCACGCCAAUGUCGGAAACUGGUUCCACUUCUACAAAAUUGAGCACAUUCUCAAGUCAGGGUAAAGGCAAUGUACAAAUGCGCCGCACCACCAACAAACAAGGCAAACAAGCCCCAGCGCCACCCAAGCGUACGAGUUUACUAUCGACCAGCCGCGAUUCUACGUAUCGUGAGGAUGAAUCACGUAAUCUCAUUGAUGAACACAAUACAAAUGGUAGUAGCAUCUUUUUCAACCUACAGCAACAACUACAAAAACAACUGCAAAAGCAAACUCCAAUACAACCACAACCAUAUAACGUUGUACCAUCCACAAACCCAAACAAUAACACUAAUAAACGUUGCAAAACGAAUUCUUAUACUUUGUGUACUACACCACCUCCUCCCCAAUAUUCUAUAAAGAAAUCAUCCUCUUGCAGUAGUUUCCUAAUCGAUAUACUCUUUCGAGGUAUUUCACACCUGAGUCUCACACGAGAUAUGAAUAGUCUGACACAGCGUUAUGAUUCUGAAAAUGACAAUACCACUGGCGAUCCCGACACUGAUGCCACCGGCGAUAGUUUGGAGUGUCAAAACAUGCCCACCAGUCAAAAUAAACUCCCACAUUCACUGCAUAGCAGCGGCAUUGGACCACGUUCUGGGCAACAGCAUAGCUCAUUUAAGCGCCCCACACCCGUUAUGGGUAAUCGUGGGCUCGAAACACGUCAAAGCAAACGAUCUCAACACCAACAGCAACAACAUGCGCCUCGUGACAGCAGCGCUGGCGCCUGUACCCCACAUCAUGUCACCGUUGGUGCGUUGGAAGUGAACAAUGUCAAGUGUGUUGUCAACCGUUAUGGCACACUACCGAAAGUGCAACGUAUAGGCGCUUAUCUAAAUAGUUUGGAGGAUCCGAAUACGCCAUCACAACACAGUAUUACCACUCACCUCUCGACAAUGUCACCUGUCGCCACCACAAAUGGCCAUGGCGUGCAUGUAGCUGCAACACGUCAACAACUGCCACCAGCACAUGUCAUGCCAUUACCACCACCAAUGAAGUCAGCUGCCAACAUUGCGCCUGCCAUUCCAAUACCACCACAGCAAAUGUUACGCAGCAAUUCGUCGAGCGGUGUCACUAUGCAGAAUAGCGCAUCGGCGAGUUUAAACAAAUUGCAGCGUCACCGUACUGCCGCUGAUGGCACUAUGAUGACAUUUUCCUCCUUUCGAGGCGCUUCCUCAAGCAAUUCACCCAAACGCAGUCAGCAACCAGCAUUAGCCAAUUUGGAAUUUCCGCCACCGCCACUGGAUUUACCACCACCACCGGAGGAGUUUGAGACACCGCCGCCGCCACCACCGCCAGCACCCGCUCCGGAGGUGUUGGAAGAACUACAAUCGGCAAGUGUAACUGCAACACAGUACCCACUACCAAAUAGCAGUAAUAAUGAUGUCUCUAACACCGCACCCAGCGUUGAGGAAGCCAGCACACGCUUUGGUGUAUCGCUACGUAAGCGUGAACCAUCGACAGAUUCCUGCAGUUCGUUGGGCUCGCCACCGGAAGUAUCGGCAAAUGCCAAUUCAGGCGGUAAUGUGCAAGAGCUCAAUAUGAAGGAGAAAUUAAUGGCUGAAAUAAAAGAUCGUUCCAAAGAGAAUUCGGCCAAUAAUGCAAAUCUGCAAAAUGGUAUCAUCAUACCACCACCGCCAACAGGCAGUGGCGUCGAUCCUGUUUCAUUGUUAUUCACAGAAUUGGCUGAAAUGAAUUUGACGAAGCAAAAAUCAACACCACCGCAGCCGCCAAAAGCACUUAGCGGUGGCAGCAGCGGCGACUCUGCCGGCUCGCAAACACAAACGCAGGAGAAUGGCAAUACAAACUCCUUUAAGGCACAGUUAAAAAAAGUCGAGCCAAAAAAGUUACCAACACCCACACAAAAGACCGAAAACCAAACGACGAUCAUCGAUUUUAAGGCGCAUUUGCGAAAAGUUGAAAAGGAUCUGAAAGACACUAAGAAAGACGUAGGCACAGAUGAAACGCCUAAGAGUAUACUACAAAAGGGUCAAACGGUGAACUCAACAGGCACGCUAGGCCGCAAGGGAGAUAAGAAAUUCACCACAGCAACACAACAAAAGACUGAAAACAAUACUAAACAUGAUAUGACCAACAGCAAUAAUGGCAAUUCCAUAAGCACCGGAAAUAUCAACAUUAAUUCACCUGCUAAUACCAAUGGUAAUACUCAACAUAUUGCAAAUACCAAUUCAAAUAUGAAUUGCAACAACACAGCCAGAACCGCUGAGUUAGCCGAUAAUGACUCAGCAGCGAGCGUAAACGAUAGUGAAUCCGGCAAGAGACGCAGCACAGGUAGUAUAAAUAGUUUGAAGAAAUUGUGGGAGCAGCCGAGCAGUGGUGCCGACUAUGCAAGCACCCAAACACAGGCAAACUGCUCAGCAAAUAGUGGCAACACUGGCACAACAACCACCACGAGCACCUCAAGCACCAAUCAACUCUCACCAAAAUUCUCUUUGAAGCCCAUAUUGAAUGCUGCAACCACGCCCACAGCAAACUCAAAUCGUUUUCCACCACUUAGCACUCAAAUCUCACCACGUACCAAUGCCAUGAAUGCCACAAAUUCCAUAGUGAAUAAACCGCCACCAGCUGCACCACCACCACCGCCCCCAACUACCACAACUACCAACAGCACAAAUAACCAAACCCAAAAUCAGAAUCAAAAUCAAAAUUCCAUUUUCAACAAUACCCAUAGCACCAAAUCCCAACUAACAACCUCUCUUUCUACACAACUAUUCACAGAUGGCAAUCAUCACUAUGGUGAGCAAAGUACAUCACUCACCAAUAACUCAUCCACCGCUAAUACAACAACAGGAAGUAACACAACGACUAACAACGAAAUUGCAGCAAUGACACAAUCACUUUUUGUAGAGCCUAGCAGUGCCGUAAACAAACUCACCACAUCGAGCUUUCCUACAAACACUGCGCCCACUACUACUACGAAUAACACCACGAAUAAUAUUUCCACUACAAAUAAACCUGCUGUGCCACUCAAACCCACCAAAUUGACCAUCUACGCCACGCCCAUCUCCCAAAAGAUCGCCGUCAAUGCAUUGGAUAGCACCACAAACACACCAAUCAGUAGCACGCUACAAAGUUCCACACAAAUCACACGCGAAAGUAUACUAGAACUUGUGGCACUGUUGGAGACUUCGCUGCUGCAACAUCCGGUCAAUUCGAUCUCGGCCUCACAAUGGCUACAAUUAAGCGACAAACUCAACAUACUACAAAAUAAUUGUGUAGUUUUCGCUGACAACGAAACAAUGCCACCACAUUCGAAAUUUCACUUUCGCGAACUGGUGACACGCGUCGAAACACAAUCGCAGAGUUUGCGCACUGCUGGCAGUAAAAAUGUGCAAGAUAACGAGCGUCUGGUCAGUGAAGUGGGUCAAUCGUUGAAGCAACUAACAAAUGCCUUGCAUAGGUAAAUAUUAUUAAAGCGGGAAACACGGUCGGGGGUAAACAAUUACGGUUGUGCUGAAGAUGGCAUUGGGGAGAGGCAAGAGAUACCGCCGCCAUGGCGUAGCUGGCUGGACGCUGAGGGAAAUUUUAUAAAACGCAAAUGAAAGUACGUGGUGGUAGUAGUAGCAGCGGUAGUGGAAGGGUGAAAGGGUUGUAGGUAAGAGGCGGAGAAGUCGAGAAGUUAAAGGCUUUAGUUUCCUGCUUGGGUAUAUAUGUAUAUGGUACAAGCAUAUCAUCUGUGUGAAGAAAACGAUGGGAUUUGAAAAUGUGCGUGUGAAUUCAGUAAUUUGCUAUUAAAAAAAAAAAAAUACAAAAAAAAACAACAAACAACACUUAUGAACUAUAAAGACGUUUACGCUACAAAGGAAGGAUAUUAAUAUUUAAUUUUAAAGUGUUUAGCAAGUUAAUCCAAAACUUAUACAAGUAUAUUUUCAUGCAAGUAUAACUAUGUAUUCAUUAACUAUUUAACCAAAUCAUAAACGUAUAUAAACUACUUAACUUCAAAAGAAGUGCAGGGUUCUAAAUCCUAAUCUGUAAGCGUAUGAUUUGAUUAAUUUUUUUAAUACAAGGAAAACGCCGUUUAUAACGCUAGUUGCUUAUUGUGCUUGCGUAAACCCUGUAUAUAUUUAAAGCAUAUAAAAAAAAAACAUUUAAAAAAAUAUACAAAAUCUAGUCAUACAAGAAGAAUCCAAUUUAAAUUGCUGUUAGUUGUAGACUUACCCUCACAAUGAAAUCAAGACAUUUUUAACUAAAUACUUGUACUAGUUACUAGCAGUAAACAACAACAAUUAUUCAAAGAAAAGAAACGAAAGUAAAAAAAAAAAAGAAAAAUGUGAGCUUGGAAAAUUGAUAAAACUUGCAUUGCGUACUCAUUUACUAAGACUUAUUUGUAUUUUUAGAUAUUCCUAUAACAAUUUAAUUACACAUUAGUUUUUUUUCAAUUCUAUAUACUUACCGAAUUGUUUCCAAAUUUUAGACAUUCAUAUUUAUGAAAUUUAGAUAUAAUUGUAAUAACUAACAGAAGUAUAGGGUUAAUGAAAACUAUUUAAAUUAGCGCAAUAUUUGCCGAUGUAUGUGUCAUUUUUAAGAAUUACAACAAAUUUUUACUACCCUUCAAUUAUAAAUGCUCUAAAAUAUUAUAAAAUUUUAUUAGAAUAUGGCAAAGUGCAUUUCUAUGGGCGUACGCGAAUCUAUUUUAAAGCGUUGUUAUAUGUUUGCAUACUAUUUCCAAUUAUUAUAGUGCCAAAAAAAGUCAGAAACGUUUUUUCAGAGUAGUUUCAAAGUAGAAAAGUGUCUCCUACUGUAUUGAAGGGUUGUGGCUGGAUUUUGAAUGUCUGACUUCAACGUUUGAGUGCCGGGCGAUCCUUUCUUGAAUAAAUGAGGCAGUUUAUCAAAGUGUGAAUUGUAUUAAAAAAAUGGAAUUUUAAAUUUGGCUCUCAAGGCACUCGAAAAAUGUAAAAAAAAUAUGCAUUACUUUUUAAUGUACUUUCUAAAGCAUUUUCAAAGAAUCUUUUGCAAUUUUCUGCGCAAAUUUAACACUUCCAGAAAGUAAUAGUUUUUCGUUGGUCUGUGAUACAUUUAUACAUUGCUUGACAGGAUGUUAAGAGUAGGAAACCUUUCCGUUUCAUUCCUACACUUUUUGUAGUAGUGCUCUAAAUAAAGUGAAAUGUUUAUAAUAUUAUUUGAGCUUUCUUUGUUAAAAAUAUUUUAUAAAUAAUGCCCCUCUAUUUCAAUAUAUCGAAGAAAAAAAUUAUUUUUGCAAAAUAUAAUAUAACUAUAAAAUCAGCUGAACUUGACUGUUUUGUAUUACUUUUAAAUAUACUCUUUUCAAAAUAUUGUUGGAGUUCAGUACAGUUCAGUUCAGCGAAAUGCUACUAUUUGUGCAACGUAUUUUUCGCUCAAUUUCGCAGCACCUCCUUUUCUAAUUUAUUUGAAGCUUAAUAUUUUUUUUUCUAAACAAAACUGUAUGCGUCUAAAAUGCUGAGAGAAUAAAGUACCCAAAGAUAUUUAAUAAAUAGUUUUACUGAAAUAUGUUUCUGUAUAUACAUACAUUUAUAUUGUAGCGCACUAAAACUAUACUAAGCUUGUGACAAAUGUAGUCGAAACGAAAGUUAUAAUUAUUUCUAACUACGCUUAAUUUAAGUUGCAAAACUAUUUCAUUUUACGCCCACUUUUUAUAGAAAAGCUUACAAUGACAAUGUAGAAUUAGAGAAGGAAGUUUUAAUAUCAAAAAAUUAACAAAAAACACUGAUCAACGAUAAUAUAAUAUUUAUUAUGAUAAAAUGAAAGUUUGCGGCGUAUAUUAAGUGCUUUUUUUUUUAUUUAACUUUCCACAUUUGUAGAAAUGUAAACGGCAUGCAGAGAGUUAAAUUGUAAUGAUUCACUUUUUAUUACUUAUUUAUUGUUUUUAUUUUCGUACAUUUAAGUAAAAUUUGUUAAAAUCUAAAUUAAUUUUUAAAAUUUUCCUUUGCAUGCGCAUUUAAAAGCUAUUGUAUUAAGAAAAAAUAAAUUAAAUACAUAUAUAACGAAAUAAACAGGUAAUUGUUGUAGGAGAAACUACUAAAGCAAAAUAAAAACCAAAUAAGUAUUUUAAGUUUAACCGAGUUAAAAAAUAAAUAAAUUGUAACCUCAAAAUUACGUACAUAAAUCUCUUUAUUAAAUAUGUGAGGUUAAGACGAAACAAAAUUGCACACACUGGCAUACACGUUAUAAAAAAAAAAUGUAUUUAUUGAAAUAAAGUAAUUUCUUAGCUUGCUCUGGAUGAAAAGGUCGUGUGUGCACAUUUUUAGAAAUAUUAGCAAUAUGUCUUAGUGCAUGUGUGCUAUUGAAGUAUGAACGUAAUGCUCAAAUCAAAAUCAUCUUAUGUACAGCGUGCGUACACAUGUCUCAUUGAAUACGCGUACGUUGAAAAAAAAAAA